AUGCAUGAAGCAACCCAUAUAAAAGAACCAGCAUCAAUUAGGUUUGACACAAUAAGAUAUAGUACAGAUGCCAAAUUAGUAAUGUCUUCCUCUCCUGACAACAUUGUUAGAGCUGGAUCCGUGAAUGAUUCACAAGAAUGGUUUGGUAAAGCAGGAAAGGUAGUAAAGAAGAGGAAUAGAAUUUCUUUCGUCUGCCAAGCUUGUAGAAAGGCUAAGACAAAAUGUGAUAAAGAAAAGCCAAUGUGCUCGAGAUGUCGAAAACAAGAUCUAGAAUGUGUUUACGAUAUUGAGCUGCAAAGGCCACCAAAGAAUCCCAAUAAGGAUUCUGCCAUUACAAGAUUGGAAAAUGAUAUACAGUACUGGAAGAAAAGAACUCAGGCUUUGAUACGAGAUCAGGAGAUUGAAAUGCUCAAAAAACCAAAAGAGGAGUCGACUCCAACGACAAAGGAGAUCCAGGAAGAUGAGAAGUCAUGGCAGAACCUCAAAGUGAACAUCUAUAGGGACAAUCCGAGAUUGAUUAUUAGUAAAGUCAUGAAAAGAGAAGUUAAUCCAUUGUCAGAAAACUAUUUAAUUAUCAAGGACAAUUUCUUGACAUCCAUACUUUUGUCUGUGUUUUCUAAUUACAGACCAACCGAUAAUUCAGUAGUUCCUGCCCUAGCUGCAGAUGUCAGUAUCACCAAGGCACAAUCCUGGAUGCAAGAUAAUGCAUCAAAGCUCACAGAAGUUUUGGCAAAACAAUGCCGCAAUGAGAAGCAAAAAUCGAAAUUAAAGGAAUUUACAAACAGAUUACUACAAAUUCCGAGCUCGAAUGAUAACAAUAGAGUGAAAUUAAUUUCAAGCAUACUUAGUAACCCUAAAGAAUACCAUAAUAUUGAAGACCAUUGCACAUUACCAAAUGAAUACUCAGAAAUCCUGCAGGAAUUUAUAGCUGAAUAUGAAAAGAUAUUACCACCAAAGUUUGUGAUGAAAAGUUACAAGUCUCAUUUUUAUGAAAAUAUAUAUCCCUGUUUACCAUUUCUCAACAAGGAAAUCUUCGAAGAAUCGAUCAAUUCAACCCUGAUAGGCGAUUUAGAUGAUCCAAAUAAACUAAGAAUUAAUUUGGGAGUGGCCAGUUUGAGAAAUAAAAUGGAAAAUUUAAGCAUUUUAUUGAUUAUCUUAAAGAUAUCCCACAUGUCCCUACAAUUUCUUCAAAAUGAGUCCAACUCCUUGAGCAGUAGAUAUUUUGAUGACACAAUGUUGACUCUGUAUCCUAUUAAAGUUGAUGCAAUUAUGCUAGCACAAAGAUUUCUUGCAUCAGAAAAUUGGUGUGCAUGUCCUAACGAGAAUAUAAUAACAUGCUUACUUUACAUAUGGGCCUUUUUCGUAUUCUCACCUGAAGAGGCUGAAUUUUUCUUAGAGAAUCCGACUGAUGUUAUAAGUAAUCUUACGGUGAUGCUGGCAACGACUAUUGGCCUGCAUAGAGAUCCACUUGAAUACCCACAGUUGGUAAUGUCAAAGGAUAUUCGAGUAUUAAAUCAUAGAAGAUUAUUAUGGCUCUCAGUGAUUUCAAUGUCAAGUUUUGAAUCUACCAUAAAGGGACGUAGAUUGUCUACCUCAGAAAACUUGUUUGAAUCCUUUAUCAACUUCCAUGACCCCAGUACAAUCACUGAAUAUAUGAAAAGAGUAAGGAAUGACAUGUCUCCACCUAACUUUUUCACAUUAAAGUUACACAAAUUUACAUUCGAAGUAACAUAUUUCGUACUACUACAUCAGAAACUAAACGAAUUGACAAUGUCAUACAAUGGAUCCUUCCACCUAUAUGAAUAUGAAGAUCUGAUCAGUAAAAUAAAUGCAUUUGCUGAUCUUGAGUUCAGCAAUUCAAGUCAGAAUAUUGUAUUUGACCAAUUAGAAGGUAUCGCAGAAGAUAAAGUAGGCCAAUUGUCUUUACUCUCAACCAGAAACUCUAUUGUUUUUUUCUACGGCACAAUGAGUAAGAUAAUGAUGUUACGUUCUUAUAUGGCAUUGAUGUUGCACUUUGAGAACUUGUGUGUGAAAGAUAGUGAGCAAUAUCUAUUCUACUAUUACAAAUAUUUUUCAGAAUGUCUAAUUGCGGUUUUAGAACUAUCAAACAUUCUACAAAAGUAUUACAAAGGUGAAAAGAUAACCGGUAUAUCACCAUUAACAAAUUAUCAUGCUUCAAAGACUAUCCAGUUGUCUGUAUCAACAAUUUUGUUGACGCUACUUGUUAUUCUAUCAAGAUUUGAAUUAGCUUCGUAUAUGCUAUCUAAUAGAAGUCAAUUUACAAGAUUCAUCCCAGAAAAUGACAUUGAAUCGAAAACUAGAAUAAUAAAUGAAAUUAAGAAGAUUUUUGAGAUUGCAAUAACUAAAAUUUACAAUUUAGCCUCAGAAAAUUUAAGAUUUACGUAUUUUUCUAUUUUCAAGAUAUUAAUAUUAUCAGAUAUUGUUAUGCAAAAGAUGAAAAGUGGCGAUUUAUGGAAUGGAAUGGUUAGCGAUACCAAUAUGGAAAAUAAAUUCUCCAAUUCGAAGAUUAAUAAAAUAUUUACAAUGACGGUCGAUUUCAAUAUUGAUAAAAAUGGUAAAUUAAUUGAUCAUUUGAAAUUGAAAAAUCACCUAAUAAAAUUUGAUAUCCAAAAGCUUAGAGAAAUUUCCGAAAGGAUCAAUACAUUAAUAUUGGACUAUAACAAUACCCUUUGUGGUGAUAUCAAACCUAUAGAAUUGAAUGAAACAAAUGUGGAAAAUAUGGCGACGAAUUUUCUACCGGAAUUCAAUGAUAUUGAUUUUUCAGAUAAUAUUCCCGAUUUAUUCCUUGAUAAUCUUGAUUUCCUAGAUUAUGAUCUAUUUUUUAGCAAUAAAUAA